UCCCCCUCAGGCGACCGUGCGACGAUGGGUGGAGGAACUUGUUCGAAUUGCCUAAGCGUCAAGGCUGAAUGCGCGCAUACGAGGCGGAAGGGCACGAAAAACCGCUCGAAAGCGUCCAUCCAAAGCCUCAAGACCGCGAAAGAGCAUGUGUCCAAGAUUGUGUCUUCGACAGCGGUCUACAUUCCGCCCAGCGAUGCUGCGGCAUCGAACCAGAUUCUGAUAGAGGUUGCGCAGUAUGCGCGCUCGCUGGAGGAGCAAGUCGCGUCGCUGCAAGGCCAGCUCAUACGCAAUGCUACAAAUUCGGCCUCCCCGCCCUCCCACGACAGCCCAACUCCAGAAGCUGAGUCAAGCACACAAUCCAACGGCAUCGGCGAGGGAAGCGGGUUUCGACUAAUGAGAGAGGACUUUGUGGAGAAGAAACCGAUGGAUCGUAGUUUCCAGUUUGUCAAGGCUGCGAUCCAGCAUGUCCCACCGAAUACUCGGCCAAUGCUCGAUCUCCCGUGGAAGCGGCCGGAAGUGUGGUUACGCCAGCCGUGGGAAAUUAUCAUUCACGAGGUGACUAAACCUCGACACACUUUUCCCGAUGACGACCUCCUCUCCUCGCUCGUGGACAUGUAUUUCGAAAAGAUCAAUCCUAUUCUCAGCAUUAUCCAUCAACCCUCCUUCCGCAAAGCGCUGUUCGUAGAGCGCAAACACAUUCAAGACCCUCAUUUUGGAUCUGUCGUCCUCGCAGUAUGUGCCCUUGGCAGUCGACAUUCGGAGGACCCGAGGGUACUAUUGGAGGGGACGACGGAUGAGUACAGCUGUGGCUGGAAGUGGUUCUCCCAACUACAGCUCGUGGUGCUGUCCAUUUCCUUCUUAAGCGCAACUGCCAUGGGCUAUCGCGAGGAAUCCUGGUUACUUGCUGGUAUGGGAUUGAGUUUUGCAGAGGCGGCUGGGCUACAUCACCGACAUGGGGAUGGCUAUCGGAACCUCAGUCCACUCGACGCAGAGCAGUGCCGUCGAGCCGUAUGGCUUUUGGUUGUGUCGGACUCCGUCAUCAGUUGCCUUCAAGGUGGACAAGGCAGGGUCAAAACAAUGCAAAUCGACGAAUUAGAUCUUGAUUCGCCGUCGAACAAAGACGAGGAAUAUUGGGGACUGCAGGAGCUUCAACCAUUUGGAAAACCGUCGCGAUGCGAUUUCAUUGUGUCGUACAUAGAACUGGUCAAGAUACUUUUUGAUAUCCAAGAGACCGUGUAUCCAGAGGACGGGGAGCCUGUUGCUGAAGAAGAAAUCAUUGCCCUAGACUCACAGUUGAAUCAGUGGGUUGAGAGUAUACCUGAUCAUUUGAAAUGGAACGCGAACCUUGACAAUAUUUUUCUGGAUCAAUCAGCCUCGCUCUAUGCGACUUAUUACCAUGCUCAGAUAAUUCUUCAUCGCGUGUUUAUCCCGAUACCGGGCAAAGAAUCAUUGAAUGCGUCUGUCUUCAGUCGGGCCAAGCUUACCUUCCCGUCUCUGGCUAUCUGCACAAAUGCUGCUCGUUCUUGUGCCCACGUCCUCAAUAUUCACGCCAAGCGUGGACAUGGGUUGUUACAUCUUCCAACGCUGACCACCAUCCUCUUUGACUGCACAAUCGUCCUCUUCAUCAAUGUCCUGAGCAACGGGAAGAAGAUACACACCCAAGAAGAGUUCUCGCGGGCAACAGUCGACAUACAAAACUGUUUCGCUAUCAUGAGACUAUAUGAGCGACGAUGGCGAUUUGCCGGUCGUCGCUGCGAUGCCAUACGUGCUGGACUAAAUCUGAUCAAAUUUGCGAUUCUCUCGAAUAAUUCGGCUUCCACAUCGACACACGCACCAGUUUCAGUGCAGGCAUCUCAUUCGCCGAUUGUCGAGGAGUUUUGGUCGACGACUACUGCUACCAGUAACUCUGACACAUCUUCCAACAGUCCAUCCUCCGCACGCACUCGCGCGCCACAGCAUUUUAAAACACUUGCAGAAUCCGUCGAUUCCGUUAGCCACCUAUUCAACCUACCUCUCCGAACAGAGGAACUUGGGAAUUAUAACAUACCUUUCGACCCUACCGCACCAUCUGGAUUCCUGCCAGGGGGCGAUUGCUUGGCCAAUCCAAAUGACCAGCCGCCAAUGCCAGACCUUGGCGGAUAUGACGCUGAGAUGGAUUUGGAGGCAAUGUUUGGCACGGGAUUCUCUACGGAGCAGCUUUUUGCUGAGGCGGUCCGGCCUAACUUGGAGCCAGGCGUGGCGCAAGUAGAUCCAUGGGAUGUGUUCUCAGGCUAUGGCUGGGGAGAUUGGAGCUCGUACUUAAUGGACGAGACCCUGUAG